UUCGCCUUUUGUCGCCGCGGGGUCGCGCCUGGUGUCCGUCCUGAAGCCGAGGCUCCUGAAACAUGCCGUAAAAACCCGAAUCUACUGAAACGUGCCGUAAAAACCCCUGCGUCUUCUGAAACAUGCCGUAAAUCCAGACUGUGCGGCGCGUCUCAGGAGCGUCUCAGGAGCGUCUCGGGAGCGUCUCUGGAGCGUGUCGGGAGCGUCUGCGGAGCGUUCAGGACCAAACCCGAAGAAAAAGACGCAGAAAAAGGCGCAGAUUGGAAUCUCAGUUUGGACCAUGACGUGUUCACAGUCUCUUCAUCGUGCGGAGCUCCUCCCCCUGAUCUCCUCUUCCUCCUCUUCCUCCUCUUCCUCCUCUUCCUCCUCUUCCUCCUCUUCCUCGUCCAAACUCUCACCAAGAAACAACAAAUAAAAACUCAAACGUCACAUUUAAACUGUGGAUCUGAAAGAAACGUCGUCCUGAACCUCAGAGUCUGACUCACAACUACAGACCGAGCGAUGGAGCAGGAGGAGGAGGAGCAGAGGGACGAGCAGAAGGAGGAGGCGUCUGUGGAGGCGUCUGUGGAGGGGCUGCUGGACCUGGUGAUGCAGAAGGACCCCGGGACCAGGACUCAGACCGGACUGGAGAUCAUAGACCGGAUCCUGGACCCACAGAAGAGUCCGGGUCUGGAACUGGACCAGAGCGCCAUGGACCGGAUCAUGGACACUGUGGUCUGCUCCUGGGUCAACGACAACAACUUUAAGGUGGUUCUUUUGGGGAUGGAUAUUCUCUCUGCUCUCGUUUCUCGUCUUCAGGAAUCCUUCAGAACUCAAGUCGCCACCGUCCUUCCUGGGCUCAUGGAUCGUUUGGGAGACUCUAAAGACCAAGUCCGGGACCAGGACCAGGCUCUGCUCCUGAAGAUCAUGGACCAAGCAGCAAACCCCCAGUUUGUGUGGGAGAGGAUGAUGGGAGGAUUCAAACACAAAAACAGUAAAACCAGAGAAGGACUGUGUCUGUGCCUCAUCGCCACACUCAACGUGUUUGGGUCUCAGAGUUUGACGUUGAGUAAAAUAGUUCCUCACAUCUGUAACCUGCUGGGAGACCCCACUGCUCAGGUGCGAGACGUGGCCCUCAACUGUUUGGUGGAGAUUUAUCGUCACGUCGGAGAAAAAGUUCGGAUCGAUUUGGGCAAAAAAGGUCUUCCUCAGUCCAGGUUGAACGUGAUCUUCAGUCGGUUUGACGAGGUGCAGAGAUCUGGAAACAUGAUCCUGUCUCCACUCUCAGAUAAGACGUUUGAGGAUGAGGACUCGUGUUCGUCUCGGGGUCCGUCUCUGGGGAAGAAGAGUCUGAGUAUGAGCUCCUUCAAACGCUCCACAAAAACAGUGAGUAAAAAAGUGUGUAAGUGUGAUAUUUGUUUUUGUUCAGGGCGAGACGGGAGCGCCGCCGGAGCCGUGGACGAGGAAGACUUCAUCCAGGCGUUUGAGGACGUCCCCACUGUGCAGAUUUAUACGAACAGGGAGGUGGAGGAGGCCAUGGUGAAAGUGAGGGACGUACUUUCAGACGACAAACGGGACUGGGAGCUCCGAGUCGCAGCGUUGAAGAAGGUUCGUUCUCUCCUUUUGGCCGGAGCCUCAGACUUUGACAGUUUUGCUGCUCAGCUUCGCCUGUUGGAGGCGCCGUUCAAACUGUCAGUGAAAGACCUGCGCUCUCAGGUGGUGAGGGAGGCCUGCAUCACUCUGGGGCACCUGUCGUCGGUCCUGCGCCUGCGCUUCGACCACGCGGCAGAGGCGGUCCUGCCGUCGCUCCUGCACCUGCUCCCGAACAGCGCCAAAGUCAUGGCCACGUCAGGAGAAGCGGCCAUAAGACUCAUACUGAGGCACACUCAUUUUCCUCGCCUGGUGCCCAUCAUCACAAACAGCUGCGCCUCCAAAUCUGUGGCCGUCAGACGUCGAUCUUUUCAGUUUCUGGAUCUACAGCUGGAACUUUGGCAAACGUCAGCCCUGGAACGACACUGCUCGGUUCUGUCUGAGAUCAUAAAGAAGGGGAUUCAUGACGCCGAUUCUGAGGCUCGAUCUGUCGCCAGGAAGUGUUACUGGGCGUUUCACUCGCACUUCGGUCGGGAGGCGGAGCUUCUGUUCCACGCUCUGGAGUCGUCCUAUCAGAAGGCUCUUCAGGCUCAUCUCCGCGGCAACGACAGCGUGACGUCACUUCCUGCGUCGGACCGAUCGUCGUCGUCGUCGCAGGAGAGUCUCAGUCGCCCGUUUCCUGCCAAAACCUCGUCCAGACCGAGUCGCUCCAAGCCGUCGUCGCGUCCGUCGCCCCGCCCCCCCGCGCUCUCGCCCGUCGCUCUGAGUCGCUCUCGCAGCGACGUCGACGUCAACGCCGCCGCCAACGCCAACAGGAACAAGAUGGCCGCCGUGCCCUCCUCCCUUCAGGGAUUUAGCUCCGCCUCCGCCCUCCCCCCGGGGUCGUACGCAUCACUGGGGCGAGUGCGCACAGUCAGAACAAACCCGUCUGACAGCAGGGGGCGCUCCAGAGGACAACCCAACUCACAGUCCCAGCCGAGCAGCAGGUCGGGGUCUCCGGGUCGUCUCCUCGGUUCGUCGUUCGCUCGAGUCCAGAGGAGCUCCAUCUCCUCCAGCCCCCACCCCCACGACCCCCCGCCCACCAGGGGGCACCGCAGCCAGGGCUGCAGCCGCGAGACCAGCCCCACCCGCGCCAACGGACCAGUGCGCAGUAGGAUUCCUCGUCCGAGUGUGAGUCAGGGCUGCUCCAGAGAAAACAGCCGAGAGAGCAGCCCCACCACGGGCCUGUCCCCCAACACGUCUCGUCGUGUGUCCAGAUCCACCAGCGCCCUGACCUCUGCGGACGGAUACUCGGCUCGUAUCUCUGCGUCUGUAAACGCCAUGAGGAUCCUCAACACGGGGACGGAGGUGGAGGCGGCUGUGGCCGACGCUCUGCUUUUAGGAGACUCCAGAGCAAAGACUCGUCCGGUGCGGCGGCGGUUCGAGUCUCCCGGGCUUCACUCGGACGACGAGGGGAACAGCGACGCGUCCAGCGCCUGCUCCGACCGCUCCUACAGCUCCAGGAACGGCUCGCAUCACUUCCUGCGACAGACCGACGACUUCCUGCGGCAGACGGAGGACGUGGCCGACAUCCUGAACCGAUGUGCGAGCGCCAACUGGACCGAGAGGAAAGAAGGACUCCUGGGUCUACAACAACUCCUGCACCACAACAGGACGCUCAGUCGUGUGGAGUUGAAGAGACUGUGUGAGAUUUUCACUCGGAUGUUUGCAGAUCCUCACAGUAAGGUAAGAGUGUUCAGUAUGUUCUUGGAGACCCUGGUGGACUUCGUGGCUCUGCACAGACAUGAUCUUCACGAGUGGCUCUUCGUGCUCCUCACGCAGCUCCUCAAGAAGAUGGGAGCAGAUCUGCUGGGAUCAGUGCAGGCCAAAGUCCUGAGAGCUCUGGAGGUCACCAGGGAGUCGUUUCCGUGCGAGCUGCAGUUUAACAUCCUGAUGCGUUUCAUCGUGGAUCAGACGCAGACGCCAAACCUCAAAGUGAAAGUCGCCAUCCUGAAAUACAUCCAGGCGCUGACGUCUCUGAUGGACCCGUCCGACUUCAGCAACAGCAGCGAAACCCGACUCGCCGUGUCCCGGAUCAUCACCUGGACCACGGAGCCCAAGAGCGCCGACGUCAGGAAGUUCUAUAACACGUGGUCGGGGGAGGAGCUUCGUCCCAGCGUCAUCUCCUCUGUGACAGGAGACGGACACCUGGAGGACAGGUGCAGACAGGCGGCUCAGGUUGUUCUCAUUUCCCUGUUCGAGCUCAACACUCCGGAGUUUUCCAUGUUACUCGGAGCUUUGCCCAAAACCUUCCAGGACGGAACCACCAAACUCCUGCACCACCACCUGAGGAGCGCCACCGCGGGGAUCACGCCGACGCUCGGUUCCUCAGGUCGACCUCCUCCACACCGACCGACGACCAGAGGCAGUCCAGUCAUGUCUCCAACCAACCACUCCCACAGUGUGAUGUUCGAGGUGGAUCCUGAGAGCACAGAUGAAGUUUGUGGUUCUAAAAGUCCAGAUGAGGAGAACAGGCGGGAGUCCAGGGACACACUGUUUCCAGGGGGCGGGGCCUGGGACUCUGGAGACUCGUCUGAAGUUUGUCGUUCGGUUUUGGAAAAUAAAACGUCUUUACUGAACUCACUUCCUCCUCGCGCUCUGAUUGGUUCACGCUUCAAGGACUACAACCCCCAGAACUACAGCGACACGGCGACCACGGACCGAGCGGAGGACGCCGCCGACGGUCAUAAAGACGAGGGAGGAGAGAAUCGAACCCAAAGUCCUAAAGGAUUUUCAGUGUCGUCGGUGGAGCAGGUGGAGCAGGUGGAGCAGGUGGAGCAGGUGGAGCAGGUGGAGGUGGCGGAGGUGGUGGGGGUUCUCCUGAAGACCCUGUCCCAGGCGGAGGGGGGGGAGCGUGGGCUGGAGCAGAGGAGGAGCAGCCUCCUGGAGCUGCUGAAGAUCUGCAGAGAAGAACACGAGAACAUGAACGAGAACACGAACACGAGCAAGAACAUGAACAAGAACAAGAGCAGGAGCAGGAGCAGGAGCGCCCCCCUGUGGGACGAACACUUCAAGACAACUCUCCUCCUACUGCUGGAGACGCUCAACUACAGCGAGCACUCUGUCCGCGCUCUGUCUCUUCGUGUGAUGAAGGAGCUGCUCAAAAAUCAGCCAAUCAGAUUCAAGAACUACGCCGAGCUCACCAUCAUGAAAACUCUGGAGGCGCACAAGGACUCGCACAAGGAGGUGGUGCGUGCGGCGGAGGAGGCGGCGGCGGCCUUGGCGUCGUCUCUCGUGCCGGAACAGUGUCUGAAGGUUUUGUGUCCGAUCGUCCAAACGGCGGAUUUCCCCGUCAACAUGGCGGCCAUCAAGAUGCAGACGAGAGCCGUGGAACGAAGCAGCGCCGACGCCCUCGUCCUGAUCCUGCCCGACCUCAUACCGGGACUACUGCAGGGGUAUGAUAACACAGAGAGCAGUGUGAGGAAGGCCAGUGUUUUCUGUCUUGUUUCCAUCUACGCUGUGAUUGGAGAAGAUCUCAAACCCUUUCUGUCCCAACUCACCGGGAGCAAGGUAACAAAUACUCUGUACUACUACUACUACUACUAGAGUACUACUACUAGU